AUGGCUGCGAAAGGCAAGCUUGCUAAAGCGAAACAGGAAAAUAAAGCGGCUAACGAAAUGGCUGAAACUUUGGCCGCGUUUACGUUGCCGGACAGCCUCCCUUGUUCCGAGGUUUCCUUCCCUGUGCUGGUCCAGAGGGCCACUAAAGCUAACUGGAAGACUAUUCUGAAGGAAAGCGAGCAGAGGUUCAUGGAAAUCGAAGAGUUUGUGGAGAAUAAAAAGGAACCGAUACCGUUGUCUCCGUUUCAAAAAACUGAAUGCGAUUACGUGAAGAACGAGGUGUUCACUCAACUACUGCCGGCAUUGGAGGAUACUCUCAACAAGGCCAAGAUGUGGAAUGUGUUCUACGACCAGCGGUGCUUCUUCAAUGGCAUCGACUGGAUCGUUCAGGAAUUGUGGAACAACAAUCCGCGCUAUCCGAUUCGCAAAGAUUCCAAUUUACACGUGUUCAAUAUGCCGUGGGUCAGGAAGUACUUGGAGGAACAUCCUCGUCCACUGUAUCCCAAGUCCUGGCUAUGGCCUGAGGAGUAUGCAGCUACUCUCAUACAAAAGACUCUACGCCAGUACUUCGUCCAAAGAGAAGAGGAGGUGCAGGAGAUGCGCGAUUUCUGGAGGAAACUGGAAGUGGAACGGACUGCUCCAGACAUAAAUACGAAUCCUUAUUUGGCAAAGAAGUUUGCUUCGGAGCGCAAUAUUUCAUCAUCUGGCAAAACACACUAAUUGUUGUUGUGAAAUAAUAUGAUUCUAUAAACUGAUAAA